CGUACGCUUACGUUGGGGAGAGAACUAGACUACAUCCAACACAUCACCCGAGGAUCUUCAUAUGCAACAUCCAGACAUUGCUCAACAGAAAGCAACUUAAGGGAAACUUAAUUUCGAAGAGAGUGCAAAUCCUUUUAGAACACACGAAAACAGAGAACAGUAAGAAGUGCGAAGACUUUACAAGACAUCCUUCAAAGCAGCACACUGCAUAAAAAACCUAUGAUGAAGGAGUUACAGCAAGGAGCAGAAACUAACAUUCCAGUGGUGGACUUGGGAGAGAUAGGUGUCGGUGGUCCUAAGGACCCGAGUGAGGAAGACUGGCGGAGUGUGGGAGAGAAGCUUGUGAAAGCGUUCAGUGAAAUAGGCUUCGUGUAUCUCAGUAACCAUGGUGUCUCCUCUAACAUGGUGGACGAAGUCAACACACAGUCGGGGAAGUUCUUUGAACUUGACGAGACCACAAAACUCCGUUACAAGAGAGGCAAGACAGAGGUGCAGGGAUACACCACGCCUGGCCAGGAGAGACGAUGUGGCCUUGACAGGGUGAGAGAUCGGGAAGGAACCUGGAUGAAUGCAAACCCAAUCCUUGACACAGUGCUGGUCAACGUGGGUGACCUCCUACAGUACUGGACUGCUGAUAAGCUACGCGCCACAGAGCAUCGCGUUCUGAUCCCAAAGGAGGAAAUGCUGAAGAAGAUACCACGGCGUUCAGUGGUGUUCUUUGUGCACCCGGAUAACCCCGUGCUUGUGAAGCCCAUCGACGGCUCUACUAGCUACGACCCUGUAACAGUCAAGAUGCACAUUGAUAAGCGUUUUGAAGACACCUACCAAUACUGAAGAUCGUACCAGAUGUGUGUGCGCUUGCAGCCUCCUACAACACCGCUACGCAUGUCAAAGCUGGAGGUCUCCAUCGUUCAUAUUUCUCUAAAAAGCCUCCAUUCAGAAAUUAAUCACAGUCAUAUAGUAGGAACAAUUAAUAACGAACCACCAUAAUUUGGAAAAGAAACUAGAUACCAUUUCGGUUUGGACCCAGAAUGCACAGAAACUUCAUCCCGCUUUCAGUUUAAGUUUUUAAGUUAGGUGUGAAAAGUCCAUCCAUUUCUGUCGCCCCAUGUUACUGGGCAUCAGUGUGUUAGCUUUACCAUGUACAUGCAGCCACUUCAAUAUCAUUGAAAUAACGUUUAAAAUCGCUAUUCAACCUUUGACAAUAAGACGUCAGUUUCAGGAAAAAAAAUUAAGUACAGUAAAACCCCCGUAUCCAUGAAUUCUGUUGCAGCGGUUUCAGUUAUGCACGGUUUACAGUAGCCCGAAAAUAAAUGGCCUCUAAGCGCAAAAGUAGUGAUGGUGUCAGUUCUUCUAAGCCUUAGAGAAGCCUUGAAGUGCUUCCCAUCAGUAGAAAGUGCUAAUUCUCGACUUAUUCUGCGUAAUUUAUCAAUUAAGAUUUAUCAAGGUUAUGUAUGUAAACGAGAAACUACUUAUAAGGUUCGUUACCAUCCACAAUUUCGGGUAUCCACGGAAAGUCUUGGAACGUAUUCCCGCAGAUACGGGGGAAUACUGUAUUCAUUUUGGCGUGUGCGCGUGUGUAGCUGCUUCACACUAUCAUAUGAUACACAGUUAUUAAGACAUUCAGCCCUUCACGUCUUUUACUUUUUAUGGCAAUCAAAUAAUUCCCCCUUCUUAAUUACCUGAAGUAUUACAAUCAUUAGCGUAGCAUUUAUAUAAUUUGCUACCCUCAAGUUAAGUUCUGUUAUAUAUAAAACUGUGUAAAGUUCAUUAAAAUAGUUGAAUUUUACAUACUGGUAGAUAGGCUUUUAUUUUAAAAGUAAAAUAUCCAAGAACUUGUUGCCACAGCUACACAGUGAUUCUUAUAGCAUAUAUUCUGCUUAAUCUUUCUUUGGGCCCUUUCUAGUUUGUAAAGGAGACCAAUAUGUAUGUAUGUAUAUGUAUAUUAGAGUUAAUAACUUUUUUACAGAGUAAUAUUCCUGUACCUUAAUCAGAUGAACUUUUACCUAAAAGCUAAGAAAUGACCUUUCAUUUCAAUAUCUUUUUAGAAAAUGUCGUCCCUAGAUGAAAAAAAAACGAGUAACGAAAACAAGUAACUUGAAUGCAUAUUGCAUGUAAUAUUAAUAACAAAUAAAACAGCUUACAGCAUCAUUGUUGUCGUGUGUGUAUAUAUAUUACUACUUAUUGCUUAGAAUAAAAGGAAGUUGCAGUUUGUUUUUGUUUCUGCAGACAACAUACAGUUCCUGCAUAACUUUAAUUGCACGUUCAGCACACUGAUUACUUCUUGGUAUAUUGAGUUCGGACGCCUCCUGCUUCCAGUAAUUUUCAAUGAGUUCAGUGCUUUUUUGUAAGGUUUCAAUAUUUCUGACAAAUUCUUGAAGUCAUUUUCAUCGUACAUCUGAUUAGCAAACCAAUAAUCUGUCCAGGUGUAUGAAAUGAAUCUACAUAUCUUCUCCAAAGUCUUCCGUCUUGUAGGUAUAAGAAUGAAUUCAAGAAUAGCUAGGAUGGCUCUUGAAUUCCACUUCGCAUUGUUGAUGUUUGAAAUCUUCUGAAAGUUAAUCAAGGGGAAGUGCCCCUUUUCUUCAAAGGAUCUAAACACUCGUGAUAGAUGAUACAAAAAAACUUCAUAUCAUCUCUCUAUCCUGAUUUAUGGAGGAUCUCUUCUGUUCCAUUAACGAACUGUACCUUUAGUUCCUCAUAAUUAUUCACCAGUUGGGGUACAAAUGGAUACUCGAUGUUUGGAGAACUGGUUUUAGCACCAAGAUUUUCAUCCAUUACCAAACGAAGAAUCCUGUCCAGAACGUGAUGCUGACAACUGAAAAGUUGUGGUUUGCUAAUCCCCUUCUCUGAGAAAAUUCGUUGCAGUUUAUCAACAUCUCCACACUUUUUCCCUGUGUUAGCGUUUGUUGAAUCAGCAAUAACCAUCUUUGUUGCAAUCCAUAAGUUGUAUUCAUGAAUAACUUUUGUCAUUCCUUCAGUAAUAGUUUCAGCCUUGUCAUCUUUCAAAUGUAGUGAAUCAGGUUUUACUUCGGUUCUUUCAUUUUUUAGUACUAAUACCUGAUACUCAUUUUCCUCAAUGAGCUUUCCAUCGAGAUGUAAAGACCAUUCUUCUUAGGCUAUACCUGUAAAUAUAUUGUCAGACAAGCUGUGCUCACUGAUACACUCCUCGAUGAAAUACAAUGAGAAAAUGAUAACAACAAUAGUAGACGCCAGUAUAUAGAGUUGCCAAUUAGUAAUUUUCUGAGUUGCUACUUAAGAUUAGUAACGUAAAUAUAUGGUGAUUAAUAUUUUUCAUUAAAUUGAGUUGCCAAUUAAUCCUUUCCUGAGUUGCUACUUAUGAAUAGUAACGCAGAUAUAUGGUGAUUCAUAGUUUUUAUGUAGGUGGGACCUUUUUUGAAAACUGAUAGGAAUUAGGGACUUUUUCAUUCUUUUUAAACAAAAGUUCAUCGAUUUAUGACACAGGGGAUAUUUAUUUGGAAAAAAGUAAAAAAGUUAUAACCCUAAUGUAUAUAUAUAAUUAAAAUACCUAGAUUGUUUUUAAAUAAUGCAGUAAGUCUUGGUAGGUUUUUUACCCUCAGAUAUGUUUGAGUUUUUCAUUUUGCAUUUUUUGCAUAUUUUAAAUAUGCUUUAUAAAUAACUUUUUUCCACAUUCUCGGAGGUUCACACCGAAAUCCCAUUAAAUGAAUCGUCAAAUAGUUUGUCAUUUGACAAACUGGGUCAAAACAUUCAAAUUGAAUAUUUUAAGACAACAUAUUUUGCUUUAUUAGACCAGAUUUUUACAGUGUCUUAUACUCAUUGGUACAACUUUACCUGUUUCAGUCACUGCUCGAUCCCACAGAGGUAUCCCCUUUAUCAGCUCCUUUGUUAAUGUAUGCAAGAUGCAUAGCGGUUAUAUCUCGAAACUUUCAAGAGUAAAGGAGAGCAGCUCAA